GUAUAUAAGAUGCGAAGUUCUAGUGUUAUGUAUCAGUCAGUUCCAGACUUUCCAACAAAACAACCAACUAAAUCAAAAUGUUCGUUAAGGUUGUAUGUGUGCUAUCCCUGGCCAUCGCCGCUGUCUCCGCUUAUGGCCACUCCUCGCAGUACAUCUACCGUCAUGACGGUCAUCAUGAGCCCGUGCACCAUGGAUACGGUCAUCAUGAUUACUACACAUAUCCUAAAUACGAGUUCGGAUAUGAAGUGGAGGACUCGCACACCGGCGACAUCAAGUCGCAGCACGAGCACCGCGACGGUGACGUGGUGAAGGGCAGCUACUCCCUGCACCAGCCCGACGGCUCCGUCAGGCAUGUUGACUACCACGGCGAUGACCACACCGGUUUCCACUCCACCCUGAAGCACAGCACUCACCAUAUUGUGCCCCACCAUUACUACUGAAGCCUAUUCCGGAUCGCCUAUUGAAGGGACUGAAGCUGGUAUUUAUAUAUUUAUUUAUAACUAUAAAUAAAAUUGUAUUAAAACACAAA